UUUUUGGUGGUUGUGUUGAUCAUUUUCUCCACCAACGUUAAACGACACAAAAAGGUGAAGCAAUGUCAGAUUGAGUAUUAGACGAUAGACUGCUUAUUUUUCUUGUUCUCUUGUUUACUCGGCUAUAGUCGCCCUGUUAAGUUUUCCAAAGACUUAUUUUAAGGAUUUUAUCCAUUUUAAUUGAACCUUUCAUAGCGAUUCAAAGUUCAUCUUUAUACUUAAAACAAGGAUUUAGAGAAUCUCGUCGAGUCCAAAGAAAAAUUUUUUGCCCUCCUUUUGAAGCUGAACUUUUGCAUUUGAUUGCCACGACGAAUAUAAGUACCUAAAGUGACUUCUUUAUAAUUACGUUACAUAACUAUUGAGUCCAACAUUAAUUGUCUCUAUACAUUCUCAUAAUCGUUUCCGGAUUGGUUUCCUGCUUUCCUCUAAAAUGGCCGAGGAUGUGGCAUAUGUAUUAUUUGAAUAUCUUCAAAGCUUGGAUAACUUGCCUUUUGAAACCAAGCACUUCUUUGAUGAAAUUACUGUGAAGGAAAUGGCGGUCCACGAACUUUUUAAGCGGAUUAAAAGCCAGGAUAAACUCAUACAAAAUUUCGUAAAAAGCAAUGGUGCAUUAACUCCAUAUCCUCGUGAGGAAAAUACAUUUCAGGAGAUGGAGGAAAACUAUCAAAAGGCUAUUCAAGUUCAGAAGGAAAAAGUUGACCUCGCAGAAAGAGCCCGUGCACUCAUUACCCGGCAUAUUAAGAAAUUAGACGCCGAAAUGAAAAAGGUAGGCUUUGUUGUUGUACCUGGUGAAAAGGGACAAGUCGAUGUACAAUUGCCUUACAACGCGUACGGCAGUAGUCUCUCUUCUCGUUACUCUAAUGGCACUGGAGGGCCCAUACGCUCAUCAUCGGCUUCGUCUACUCGUCGUCGCUCCAGUACAACUCACGGUGCUACUGCUUCAAAGGCUGGCCGUUCUGUAGGAAAAGGAACUCGAGGAAAGAAUGUCUCCUCGACUGCUUCUUGGAACAACGAUUAUGCAUCAAAAGAACGGUCCGAAUCCCCUAGUACACACACAAAAGCUUCUGCGACUCCCAGUGUUUCCGGAGCGGCUGCAGUGGAGUCGACUGGUGAAGAGGAAGAAGACACAGAAGUGUAUUGUUUUUGUCAACAGGGCUCUUUUGGUCAGAUGGUUGCUUGCGAUGACGAAGGAUGUGAACGUGAAUGGUUUCACAUGGAAUGUGUCGGUCUCAAGGCACCUCCAGAGGGAACGUGGUAUUGUGAGACCUGCAAAGAACGCCGUUCCAAAGCCGGUCUGCCUACGUCGUAAUCUCCCGGCCUUAAACCUUCGAACUUUGGCCAUAAACAUGUGCUCUACCUGCACAAAGCAGCACACCAUACGCAUUCAUGACUUUAACGAUUCGAAACGCUCAUAACUCAUCAUACAUACAUAGUCCCCCUCUCAUACUUUUGUUUCUCACUUUGAAACGAACCUCUUGCCUACCUAUUGUAGCCUACAAAAUGAAAAAAAACCACUCACCCAACUCUACAGAAAUGCUGAAUGAAAGUCGCUACUGACUUUAUGGGAAUUCAGUGCAGACGUUAUGCAAGCCGCACACAAGGAGACGUGCCAUUUUUUUGUAACAAUGAUGCCAAGAGAGAGACCAGGAGACUAUAGUUGGCUCAUGCAAAUGAAAAUGUUCCUUACUCGGAACCACUUUGGUCAUCGUCCUCUUCGUCACCAGAAAUUUCAGCGUUUUCCUUCUCAAACUUCUUCAUCAGAUCAGCAAGCUCAAGCUCAUCAGUCUCGCUGACAGCCUUAGGCUUCAUCUUCACGACGCAAGAACCGUUGGCCUCAGUGAUAGAUUUCUCAAUAGCAGCAAUAGCCUCUUCCAACUUCUUGACACCAAGAGUCUUGUCCAAAGCGUUGGUAAGAAUAACAUACAAAGGAGGAGCAACCAACUUCACCUUUACAGGAAUGUCCUCAGUGUGAACAGCCUCGGCAGCACGCAGAGCGUUCUUAAUGGCAGUAAUACCAUCAUAACCAAAGCAAGUAACCUCAACAUCAGCACGAAUCUUGAUGGGUUGGGGAGUCAAACGACGAGAAAUCUGGGCCAAAAGAUCCUUGACGACGCCAGGAGCGGGUUCAUCGAGGCCUUCAAAUACAACUUCGGGGGAAGUGAUGGCCAGCUUGAAGGCAUCAUAGGCGUGACCAUAUUUACGGUACAAAGGCCAGCCAAUGGAAGUGUACAUGGUCUCCAAGGGAACAUUGUGCUUCUCAGCAAUGUGUCUCAUGAUAGAGUGAACAGCCUUGGACUUGUUGAAACGCUCCUCACACUUAAGGACGUCUUCGGGACUGACACGACGCUUCGACAAGUCAAUGUAACCUAAAAGGAACACGGUUAGAUGAUGAACCAGCGAAAAACAUUCAGGAAACCAGUUUUUACAUACCCUUCUCCUUGUCAACACGAAGGACAACAACAACUUCGUUACGGCCGACACGAAUAUGCUUUUGAACGGAACGAAUACGGCGUCUAGACAACUCGGAAAGAAGAACCAUACCCUCAAUGUUGUCGUAUUCCAACAAUUUCACGUAAGCACCCAUUUCCUGGAUUUGGCGAACUAAAAUUCGUUAAUAUACGCCGUUUCCUACAAAAAAAGCAUACCAUUGACGACAACAAGUUCGUCCACUUCCGGGAAGCGGUUUUCAUACAUUCUACAGCUCGUAGUCGACAUUUUUGUUGUUUUUGUUGACAGAGGUAUUGGUUCUGGCAGGAAUAAAAGGUGGACGCGUGGCGGUCAAAUUUGUCCACACACACAUGGUCCAACACCGGAAAUGGAUUCGCACAAAUAAACGAAGAAAACCGAAGCAGUCUACAGUAAACGAGUAGCUAGAAUUGCAUGUGGAUAGUUGAUUUUUCUGUUUUGCCGAAAUUUAAAAAUUGUGUGUGCAAUAAGUCUCGAACCUGAGUACGUACGGUUUACUGUAGAAAUCGAAAGAAGUAAUUAAUGUAAUGUAAUGAAUUGAAAUGAAAUGAAAUGAAAUAAAAGAAAUGAAGAAGCAUCUUAUUGUUAAGGGUAAGAACAGUGCUGCUACACAGUACAAUUUUCUAUGCGCAUAUACGCGAAUGCAGACAGCCAUUUGGAACAUGUUCCAUUAGAAUUCCUAUUUUAUAACGGGCACACCCGAUACUUGAUCCGCACUUGGAUCAAUCGCUAUACUCGUCCUCCUCAAGAACGCAGCCCCACAGUUGAUCUUCAGCAUCAGAAAACUCUUCGUCCAUGACAAGUGGCAUCUCGUAAACACCCUCAGCAAGGGGAUGACUUUUAAUGUCGUCGACAAAUGGAAUGAGCUUUUUGAACUUUGGCGAGUCUUCACCUUCACAUACUCGGAGAACUUCCAAGCCUCGUUGGAGGAAAACUUUAGCACGGUUAAAAUCCCCGUGAAUAAUGCAGAGUCUAGCUGCAUCCAAAUACGAAACAAUAUCAAGCCGACCAAAAAGUCGUUCUUGAUGAGCAAGUAGUAUACGGUGUCGAAGUGCUCGAAGAGCGCCUCGCGGGUUUGUCACGGCCAUUUUAGCGAUUCGCCGGUCAUAGUAUGCAAGCUCUUUACGGCGUUGAUCACUGUGCUUUGCAGGUGUGCCAGUCAUGCUGCAGGCAGAACACAGACAUAAAAACCCAAAAUGUGCUUGAAGUAGCUUACGGCGUUCUCCUUUUGGUUUUUGCAGAUCGAUAUAAGUAGUCAAAAUUUCUUCGCCUUUCUGUAUAUCGCGAACCGCAUGGACAGUUACUCCAUCGAGUGUAUCAUUCCAUGUAUGCUUUACAUUAGGACUGCAAUCAUGAUUCAUGCGCGAACCCAACAAAAACAGACCGCCUUGGUUAUCGUUAACCGUGAGUGCGUUGGAAUAAAACGGGCCCAGGUACGGACCCAUGGACUCGACAUGGGCAUUGAAGAGGUCAUGGAAUGCAGCUUGUUCCUCCUGGGUUUUUUCUUUAACAGAAUUUUCAAUGAUCGUGGCAUCAUUUGGUGCCUUAAACAAUGGUUGCUCAACAAACAACCGUGUACCUUUAGGAAUAUUCUUGGCUGCUAUCAUCCCCAUUCCCUUCCCCUCGACAGGAGAGACAUAAAAAAGGUCUGAUUGAAGAAUGCACAUGGCGACAGCGAAAAGAGAAAGUUGAUAGUAAAUCCAGUCAAAAGUGAAUACCGCAAAGAAAUGUUUAGAUAAGAAUCACUUAUGGAUUCGAACCAAAUGUUUUCUAUUUUCUAUUUUUUUAAGUUAAUUGCAGCGAUUAAUGCGCAGUCAACAACGAAGAACCAAACACCAUAAAACCCAAGACAAACCAACCCUAAUAAUCCUGCAAAAGAAUCCUCGUUG